CUUCCUUUUGCUUUCAAUUACUGUCCGGAAAUCACUUGGAAUUUCUACCCACCGGAUCCUAUCCCCUUCUGAGAUUCGAUUUUCGAGAACAUAUCGCAAGCCAUGGGUCGUCGCGGAGGGUCGGGGUAUGACCGUUCGCGAGAGCAGAGUUCCCGACCCCGCUCCAGGGCCCGGCCCACCCGCUCCAACUCGAUCUACAUGGACGGGGAGCGCAGGGGCCGUCGGCUGGGCCGGGCCGCCACCUCCUGGGACGUGCCGCCCGACGGCUACUCCCACCUGACGCCCCUGCAGUACAAGGCGAUGCAGGCCAGCGGCCAGAUAGCCUCGCGCAUCGUGCCGGACCAGCAGCCCACGGCGGAGUCGGCCGCCAUCGCGAUGGUCACCCGCCAGGCGCGGCGCCUCUACGUGGGCAACAUCCCCUUCGGCGUCACCGAGGAGGAGAUGAUGGGCUUCUUCAACCAGCAGCUGAUCGCCCUGGGCAGCAGCUCCCUCAAGACCGACGGCAAGGCGGUGCUGACCUGCCAGACCAACCUGGAGAAGAACUUCGCCUUCCUGGAGUUCCGCUCCAUGGACGAGGCCACCCAGGCCAUCAACUUCGACGGCAUCGUCUUCCGGGGCCAGACCCUCAAGAUCCGGCGGCCCCACGACUACCACCCGGUGGCCAGCAUCAGCUGCUCCGAGCCGGGCUUCGCCACCACCACGAUGACCUCGCCCCAGAUCGUGGUGAGCACGACGGGCCCCAACCACGUCAUCUCCACCCUGGUGCCGGACUCGCCCCAGAAGAUCUACAUCGGGGGGCUGCCGACGUGCCUCAACGAGACGCAGAUCAAGGAGCUGCUGCUCUCCUUUGGCCAGCUGAAGGGCUUCAACCUGGUCAAGGACGCGAACACCAGCCUGAGCAAGGGCUUCGCCUUCUUCGAGUACGUGGACCCGCUGGUGACCGAGCAGGCCAUCGCCGGGCUGAACGGCAUGCAGCUGGGCGACCGCAAGCUGGUGGUCCAGCGCUCCAUCGCCGGCGGCAGGAACUCGGGCGGGGUGCCGGCCACCGUCCUGCAGGUGCCCGGACUGACCGCCAUUCCGAACACGGAAUCGCCCACCGAGGUUCUCUGCCUGCUGAACAUGGUGCUGCCCGAGGAGCUGCUGGACGACGAGGAGUACGAGGACAUCCGCACGGACAUCCAGCAGGAGUGCGCCAAGUACGGGGACGUGCGCAGCCUCAAGAUCCCGCGGCCCAUCCCCAAGGGCGACUCCCCCAAGCGGGGCUGCGGCAAGGUGUUUGUCCAGUUCGAGUCCGUGGACGACUGCCAGAAGGCCAUGCGGGCCCUCAGCGGGCGCAAGUUCAGCGGUCGCAUUGUAAUGACCUCCUUCUCCGACCCGGACAAGUACCUGGCCGACGACUUUAAGUAAUAAACGGCGUAUCUUUAACUCUUUAAAGAGUAUCUGUAUCUCAACAAA